AUGGAGUACCAACAACGUAGUAUGAAUUUGAUGCAGAAGAUCGCGAGUGUGGUGGGUCGGGCUAAAGAUAGAACCGCUGAUACUGUCGGCGAGACUGCUUCCGAUGUCGAAGAUGCCGUCGGUCGUAAGGCUCACGAUAUGAAGAAGACGGUUACACAUGCGGCACGUGACGUGGAAGACACGGUGGCUGAUAAAGCCCGAUAUGUUAAGGAGAAGGUGAGGGAUAAAGCACAUGACGUGAAGGAGACGGUGGCCCAAAAAGCCCAUGAAUCGAAGGAGAGGGCGAAAGAUAGAGUGAGGGGAAAGGCACACGAAUUGAAGGAAACGGUGGCUCACAAGUCCCAGGAUGCGUGGGAGAGAGUUAAGAAUGGGGUGCGUGAGUUCGGGUCAGCUGCUGUGGGGGCGCUUAGUCCGACAAAGGUAGCGAGCGUGGUGGGGCUGACUGCGAUAGCUGCGGCCUUUGGGACUUGCGUGUGGGUGACGUUUGUGUCAAGCUACGUUUUAGCGUCGGUGUUGGGGAGGCAACAGUUUGGUGUAGUGCAGAGUAAGCUGUAUCCGGUUUACUUUAAGGCGACCUCUGUGGGAAUCCUUGUGGGUUUGUUGGGUCACGUGCUUAGCCGCCGGAGGAAACUGCUCACCGACGCCACGGAGAUGUGGCAAGGGGUUAACCUCUUGUCCUCUUUCUUUAUGAUUGAGGCUAACAAAUCAUUUGUUGAGCCACGUGCCACCAAAGCAAUGUUUGAGCGGAUGAAGGCGGAAAAAGAGGAAGGAAGAGGAGGAGAGAGGACGACUAGUGAGCAGGAGCUAAGAGCAUGUGCAUUGGUUGAUUUUUCACCCGUCCCACACUAA